CGUAUCUACGGGAGUACUGUGGAUGGUCAGAAGGUGGAGGGAGAGCAAAGAAAAGCAAAGAAAAGGAAAAAGCAAAAAGGGACAGGCUCGACGGUAGAUCAACCGAGGAUAACCUGUUUUUCCCAACCCAUCCGUCCGGGUCGCAGCGAAAUUAAGUCAAGAAUGUUACACACGGCGCCUGCCUUUUUGGGGGGAGAGUCGGCGGAGGCUGGACGGUCCACUACCGGGCGACAGGCGACAGGUAAGAAUGGUUUCUGGUACGACAGCCGGGGGAACGAUCGAUCGAACCGCCGGGCCAAAGAGAUGCGCCAUAUAUCAGAUUCGUGGACUCUCUUUUUUCUUGUUCCCCUUUUUUAAUCACUCCAUUUUUGACAUGCGUCUUUCUGAUCCUCUCGGUGCAGGAUGAGGUUAGGACCGAGGUAGAGGGGGAAGAAUGAAGAAAGCGAAUAAGGAAAAAAAAAAAGCACUUACAGAAGCAGCUGAUCGAUGCGGCUAGCAAAAAGACGAACCAUUGCCGCGGAUUGAGUGAUGAUGAUGAUGAUGAUGAUGAGUACUGCGUAGUAGCACGAUUGAUUAUUGACGAUGCAGCGAGGAUCCCAAU